AUGGAAACUGAAGAUGAUCAUCUAAGGAAAGGUGUUAAUGUAUCGGUCUAUAAAAGUUUAAUUGCAGGUAGUAUUGCUGGAUUGGUCUCUAGAACUGCUACAGCGCCAAUAGAUAUGUUGAAAUUACGAUUACAAGUUAUACCUCACAAGACUACAAUUUUUUCAGGAUUGCUUACCGGUAUUGUUAGAGACACUAUCAAAAAGGAAGGCUUCAGAGGAUUUUGGAAAGGUAAUGUUCCUGGAUCAGCACUUUAUAUAAUAUACGGCGGAGUUGAAUUCAGCAUGUAUUCAUGGUAUAACCAAAGGUUGAAUCUCUUGGAUCUGAAGCCAGCUUUACACAGUACAAUAGUUGGAGGGCUUACUGGAAUUACAGCAUCAAUCGUAUCAUAUCCCUUUGAUGUCUUGAGAACUAGAUUUGCAGUUAACCAUAACCGGCAGUUUUCGCAUUUGAAAAAAGAAAUAUUAUCGGUCCUUAAAAAUGAGGGGAUAAUUGGAUUAUACAGAGGCUGUAUCUCAUCAAUAUUUACCAUAUCCCUCUCCACAUCUAUUCUUUUUGGUUGCUUUGAAGGUAUUAAGAUUUUCUGCAGUACCAGAUUAAACACCGACAAAGAUAAACAUGGCGAAGACAGUAGGGUUAAAAUGUCUAAUAGUGAAUCAACGGACGGAUUAACUAUCUCCAACCCAUCUGAUAUUAACAAUAAUAGUUUUCUUUACUUAAAAUUGUUGGACAAUAGUGCAGGUGCAAUUUCUGGAUUUCUAUCAAAAUUGAUUACCUUCCCAUUAGAUACUGUAAGAAGGAGGAUUCAACUGAAAGAUUCUCCAACACUGAAUAAUUAUUUCGAUCAGGACAUCAAGAUGUACCUGAAAUAUAGAGGCAUGAAUUUCUAUUCAAUCGGUAAAUACAUCGUAAAACAAGAGGGGCCGAUGAGUCUUUAUAGAGGGGUAACAUUGUCAUUAUGUAAAAGUGUACCAGGAACGGCUUUGUCCAUAUGGACAUAUGAAAAAUGUAUGCGGAUUGGACGAAAAAUAGCACAAUAG